AUUCCCUCGGGCUUAAUGUCGGUCUCCCAUUCUACGAUUUCUUUCUGUAUACCUUUGGCCGUGAAACGGAGCGGAUCUCGUCUCCUCGACGUCACCGAGAUCGGCGUAGACAUUAUUCACAAACAUUCUAUGAACCUUAGUUUUUUUCUCGCGGACCGAUUCUGUAAUUUCCGUAUUUUCUACUGCAUUCACGCAUCCAAGUUCACGCGGUUUAGCAGCGCUUACAAAUGGAUUGUUGACAACGUACUAAUGCAAACGACAGACAAAAUGAAGCUGAAAAUUCACUGCGGCAUUGGCCUGAUUCCACUGGUUCUUCACCUACUGACUCUAAGGAUAUCCACAGCUCAAUACAUUCCUCCAAACCCAACGAUCAUGGCUUUCUGUCCGAAGGGCGUGCGACUCUCAAUACCUAACGGAGAGGGGAUCUCGCUUGUCGCAUAUCACGCAAAGAUCAACGAUGACUUUUAUUCGCUGGAAGCAGGGACGAUAUCCGUUGACAUAAUCAAACCUAGAUAUAAUCGAUGGACUUACGAGGAUCGUACCACUAAGGUAAAGAUUGGCGACACAAUUUACCUCUGGGUACACGUUGUCUACGAAGGUCUUGGGUACAAUCUGCUCGACCAGAGCUACGAGGUCAAAGAGCUGUACAAUUAUGAUGGAACUGUGUGCCAUACUGGCUCCUCCUGUGUGCUAUCGGAUACCAUCAUUAACGGAAAGCAGGCAUGUACCGGACAAAUUUUGUUCGAGGAUUACUUCAACGAGUUGGGACCGAGCAAGUGGAGGGCUGUAAAGCAAUUCCCAGGUUCUCCGGAUUACGAGUUCGUCGCGUAUUUAAGUAAGGCGGAAAACUUGGCGGUCAGAGACGGUGAAUUAAUAAUCAAGCCGACACUUCUAGACACAGGAAACGAUAUGAGCUUUAUUCGUCAUGGAAAGCUGACUGUGAACGGGUGUACAGGUCAAGUCGGAACCGGAGAAUGCGUCAAACAAGCUAGUGGGUAUUUUAUUCUACCGCCUGUAGCUUCCGGCCGCAUCGACACCAAGCAGUCCUUCAGUUUUCAAUACGGACGCGUCGAAGUUCGUGCCAAACUUCCACAAGGAGACUGGAUAUACCCAAUAAUAAAACUGCUGCCGGUAAACGAAGAAUACAGAUCUGGCUACAUUGCCGGGGAAUUGAGAUUGGCAAGCGCAGUUGGAAACAGAAACUUGCACGAUAUCACAGGUGCAAAUAUAGACGGACGCAAGUUACAAGCGGGUGCUGUAGUUAGCACGGCUGCUCCGUUGCAGGACGCUACGAUGUCGAAAAAACGUUCGUCGAGUUACUGGAGCGACGAUUAUCAUGUUUACGAACUCAAAUGGACUCCGACACACAUAUCUGUCAAAGUAGAUGGCGUAAAUUUCGGGGAGAAGGAAUAUCCACGGGAAUCUUACGUGCAAGCAUUAACAACCAGUCGCAGCAACAGUCCCAAUUCUCUAUUCAAUAAGCCGUUCUACAUCAGCAUUGGUGUCGCGGUUGGUGGACACAAAGAAUUUCCAGACAAUUGUACGAGUGGGGAGUACGUUAAGCCAUGGACGAACCCACAGACGAAGGCUUUGCUGCACUUCUACGAGUCCAUGGAUGCUUGGAAAAAUACGUGGACAGACGAAGGAUCGAUUCUCAAAGUGGACUACAUCAAAGUUUGGGCGUUGUAGCGUAAGAAUUUUCAUCAAGAAAAUAAGCAUCCACGUAUUACCGUCACCG